GCGUGGUGUGCCUUCUCGUUACUUCCAUUAUUGCUGAAUUUACGAGAGAAUUUUCUUCCUUUUAUCGGAGCAUUUGAUAUCCCAAGGGUUUCGCAAUGGCUGAUCAAGGAUAUGGGGGUGGAUAUACCCAAGGUGGUGGAGCAGCCAUGUAUGGUGGAAGUUCUGGAGCCACUGGUUAUGCUGGAGCACAGAGUUACCAAUCAACUGGUUACCAGGCUCCCACAAGUUCUUAUCAAUCAACUGGUUACCAAGCCCCUGCUCAGCCAGCAGCCCCAGCAUAUGGUGCAGCACCUGGGUACCAGACCUCUGCCACAUCCUAUCCAGGGUAUCAGGCAGACAGUAGUGCAAGCAGCUAUCCAGCAGCAUCUUCCACUCAGUAUCAGGGAUAUAGUCAACAACCCCAGAGUGGUGGCUACACACAGGCCAGCGGUGGAUCGAGUUACCAACAGCCACAUGGAUAUGAUCAGAGUGGAGGGUAUCAGUCCAGUGGCCAGGGGGGCUAUGGCAGCAGCCAAAGCAGUGGUGGAGGUUACCAAAGUGGUGGGUAUCAAGGUAGUGGCCGCGGUAGUGGUGGAGGCGGCAGCGGUGGUGGCGGUGGAUAUGGACAGCAGAGCUCUUCCUAUGGCCAAGGUGGUGGUGGCUAUGGAGGCGGUGGAAGAGGUGGCAGAGGAGGUAGCCGACCGGGUGGAUACAAUAGUAAUGUGGGUUAUGGUAAUUCAUCCGGAGGUGGUCAUCAAGAUGGAAAAGAAUAUGAGACAGAUCAAGUGUUUGUGUCCAAUCUUCAUCCCUCUGUGACAGAAGAGGCCAUCAAAGAGCGUUUUGGUUCUAUCGGUAUUAUAAAGGUAAGUUUGUAGACAAAUGGGUUCUUUUAA